AGACCCUCAGCCUUUGCAUGCCGACUCAAAGCCUUCAGAACAGAAAAGGAACGUGCUGCGUUGUGGGUACGAGGUCAAGAGCCAACGCCCGGAUGAUGUUUUAGGGGUCCGGGACGACCUAAGGACCUUGUUCACAGACUCUUGGCGCCAUACAAAAAUAGUGUGACAUCACACAGAGGGAAGAAAUCCGGACAAAAUGGCCACCAGCCCAGACACUACAUUGCCCAGCAUGCCGCACAACACCUGCAGGUGUGGCUACUGGAGCCACUGCUGAAUGAGGCUCUAGUCAAGAGAGCAGAGGUUAAGCACAUUUACAGAAGGCUAAGAAAGACCUGGAAGAAAGCUUUUAGAUCUUUGAGAACAGACCCUUUGAGAAUUUUAGUUUGUUGCUACUUUGCCACAUUUUGGCCACUUUCUUUUGGAGAAAUCCGCUGUUUGAGUUUCUCUGUGCAAACAAGGGGUGGGGUAUUAGCUGUCUUAUCGGGUCGUGACCUUGCUUCAGAGAAGAUGCUGAGAGCUGUGAAUCUUAUCCGGUACAAAAAUGAAUGUAGCAAAAAAUUCCCGAAGGAGCAAAAUCGGGGCGAUUACAGCAUCCUGAUGGACGUAAGCAAAAGCGAAUCCCAAGAAGUGGGCCCACCGGAAAACUUGUUCAGCGAGCUUCCGUGCCAGGCGGCUGUCAACCUGGAGUUCAACGACCUCUCUUUCACCGUUCAGCAGGGGUUGUGUUGGAAGAAGAAAGGUUGCAAAACGCUCCUCGACAAUCUGUCCGGACAAUUCAACAGCAAAGAGCUCAUUGCUAUCAUGGGACCCUCCGGAGCUGGCAAGUCCACAAUGAUGAAUGUCCUGGCUGGAUAUAGGGAGACUGGCAUGACAGGCCAAAUCCUGGUAAACGGUCACCCGAGGGACUUGGUCAAAUUCCAGAAGAUCUCAUGCUAUAUCACGCAAAGGGAUGUCUUAAUGCCUCACCUCUCAACAGAGGAGGCUAUGAUGGUGGCAGCCAACUUGAAACUAAAUGAAUCAUUGCAGGUCAAAAGGAAGAUAGUGAACGAAGUCUUGACAGCUUUAGGCCUGAUGAGCUGUGCUAAAACACGCACCAACAAUCUGUCGGGUGGUCAGUUGAAAAGACUGGCCAUUGGUCUCGAGCUGGUCAACAAUCCGCCUGUCAUGUUCUUUGAUGAGCCCAUCAGUGGUUUGGACAGUGCAACAUCCAUCCAAGUCAUCUCUCUCCUGAAGUGUCUGGCUAAUGGAGGCCGGACAAUCAUCUGCACUAUUCAUCAGCCCAGCGGCAACCUCUUUCUGAUGUUUGAUCAGCUGUUCAUUCUCAGCCAAGGCCAAUGUAUAUACAGAGGCACAGUCUCCCACCUCGUCCCUCACCUGACCGCCCACAACCUUCAUUGCCCAAAGUUUCACAAUCCAGCGGAUUUCAUCAUAGAGGUGGCGACGGGAACCCACGGAGACAUGCAGGCAGUGUUAUUUCAGGCCGCUCAAAGCAGCCCGUGCUGUGAGAAGAGCGUCGAGGACAACCAGGGUUCCUCCGGGCAUUUGGAAUCGGAGCUAACGCCCUUUGCCGUGCCGAACUUUGCCACGAGUAUGUUCAAACAAUUCUACAUCCUCUUUAAAAGGAACCUGACAGUGAUGGGGAGAGACAAGAUGCUGACCUCCCUGAGGGUUGCCUCUCACCUGGCGAUGGGACUCCUGAUCGGCCUGCUUUACUUCGGCCUCGGAAACGACGCCGAGUUUGCCCAGGACAACACCGCCUUCCUUUUCUUCUCCAUGCUGUUCCUCAUGUUUGCCGCCCUGAUGCCCACCGUUCUCACCUUUCCUCUGGAAAUGUCCCUGUUUAUCAGGGAACACUUAAACUCCUGGUACAGCCUCCAUGCGUACUACGUGGCAAAAACAUGUGCGGACGUAUCGUUUCAGGUGACCUGUCCAUUCCUGUACUGCACUAUUGCGUACUGGAUGACGAGCCAGCCUCCAGAGGCCGUUCGCUUCUUGCUCUUUGUCUCCUUUUCUACAUCAGUCGCUCUGGUCGCUCAGUCACUGGGGCUGCUUGUAGGGGCAGCAUCUCCGUCGCCGCAGGUCGCCAGCUUUGCCGGGCCGAUCACAGCCAUUCCCAUGGUCUUGCUCUCGGGAUUUUUCAUCAAUUUCCAAACCAUUCCUAAUUAUCUUCGCUGGGUCUCUUACACGUCCUAUGUCAGGUACGGCUUCGAGGGAGUGCUCGUCUCCAUCUACGGGAUGGAUCGCGAAAAUCUGGAAUGUAAGGUGGAGAUGUGCAACUCUGAAGAUCCCCAAAACAUCCUGCAAAUGCUGGAUGUGGCAGAAAGCAAGAUCUACAUGGAUUUCAUUAUCUUAGGAGUUUUCUUCACCAUCAUCAGGGGGGCAACUUAUCUCGUUCUGCGCUACAGAGUGAGAGCAACCCGUUGAUUUGGAGUAAAUGUGCGUUGACCGGGAUGUUACCGCAACCUUUGCUGGUCAAAUUUAAAUUCGGUUGUAGUUUACCACGAGUGUGCUAGUAUUAUGUUAACUGCAAAUGUUUUUGUCAAGUAAAAGCUUGCUAUUUUUUUUUUUAUAUUAAUGAUUUGAGCUUUUUCUGUGGAAAUGACCUGGAAACAGGAAUACAUUUAUGUUUUGGAUGUGUGAAAACCAAACAGUUUUGGACUACUUUGGAACCCUUUUUUUUCUUCUUCUUCUUCUUUUCAUGAUUCUAGCGGCCCCUAUUAUCAUUUUACCCAGAUUUCGAACAACUCGCAAAUGUUUUUGUGUGUUUGUAUGUGGAGUGAAACUGUGGAACAAUUUAGACAAACACUUCAAGCACUGUCAAAAUAUCCCAACUACAAGUCAAUACAGAUUUAUUUUGCAUUGAUCACUUAGCCUUUCAAUUAAUUAGGGUCAUGUUUGCGAGAAAUGUAGCCCUGACCCCCGUUCACUCAAUCGGAUUAGUCUUAUUAUAAAUGUCCUAUCCCCAGCAAAAGUUUACAUUAUUUUGCAAUGAUAACGUAACCAUGUUAACUGCAUCUGUUUCUGUAUAGCCUAUGUGUCAUUUUUUUUUUUUUUGGUCAACUCUUGCUUGAAGCAGAUGUUUGUAUGCAUCAUGGGCGUAGGUUUGGUCUCAAUAUUGGUAGGUACCUAACCCGCAUGUACGCCUUUUGCUGGGGACGGGACAUUAAUAAGACUAAUCCGAUUGGGUGAACGUGGGUCAGGGCUAUAUUCCUAACCAAUAUGAACCGAAUUGAUUGAUAGGCUAAAUGAUUAAUGCAAAAUAAAUCAGUAUUGACUUAUAUGGGGCGCCGUUUGUAAAGCAGCACAUGCUAAAAAUUACGACAUUUUCUCACAUUUAGCGCCACGCGGUGUUAAAAUGUGGGAAAUUUGUACAGUCACUUUUUUUUGCACAUUUACAACAUUGGUUAGCAAGAUUUAUUUUUUGUUUUGGACUGGAAUGUUUAAAUCCAGAACUAAAUAUUUAUUUAAAUCGUAAAUAUAAAUGUUAAAUUUAUAUUCUAGAUAUAUAUUUUUAGUUUCUGUCCUAAAUAAAUUUAUUACAUUUAUAUCCGAAUUAUAUAGCUUAAAUCUAAAUUUUAUAUUUAUAUCCUAAAUGUAAAUGUUAUAUCUAAAUACUAUAUUUGAAUCUUAAAUCUGGAAACAGUUGAAACUAAAUAUUUAGUGUACUAUGCAAAUGCACAUGACUGGGGACCGGAAGUAAGAAAAUAAAAGCUGGAGGAGCUCACUGUUUACGUUGCUUGAAAACGAAUAACACCUACUCAACGGUGGCAGUCGGCUCUUUUCGAUUAUGGUCGAUAACAGUGACAAGAAUGACUUAAGUUCAGUUGUUCAGUUGUAUUAGUGGGCACAGCUACGUUCGCUAUCGCCUCGCAUUUCUCUUGGAUUGGGUGUAUACCCUCAGCAUCAAUCACAUGUCCUAAAUAAGACACGCUGUGCUGAAAGAAUGCACAUUUCUCCCUUUUUACUUUGAGGUUGUGGGUUUUUAACGUUUUUAGAACCUCUUCCAAAUGUGUCAUAUGUGUUUCAUUGUCCUUUCCAGUAAUUAGAAUAUCAUCUAAAUAACAAAUGACACCAUCGAUGCCUUGUAGCACUUGUUCCAUUAAAUUCGCUCUUGAGUGUUUUACUCAGUUGAAUUGUAUUAAAUGCAUCAUUCGCUGUCUCAAAAAGUCACAUUAAAAAAAAUAAUAAUAA